GAAAAAUUUGUGUCGAAGCUCAAUUAAAUGCAAGUGAAUACUGCAUUUAACGUCCGUUGUCUGCGUUAAAGUCUCCCUGUCCAGUGUGCAUCAUAUUUAAACGGGUUACGAUUACGUUACCCAACGAUUUCUUAACGUGUGUUAAAAUAAAGCCGCAAAGUGGAUACCGAAACUGUGAAAAUCGAGGAUUUGAUGGACUCUGAUCCUGAAAUUGAGUUCAUUGAAAAGGAUAGUGGCAUGUCGUCGUUAGGCGGCAGCAAAGAUGAGACGCCAGAACGUCGCACAGUGGCCACUGCAUCCGCUGAGCAGCCAGCACGCGAUGAGGAGAACUACGAUGAUGAACCCGACGAGACGCUAAGCGAGCGCUUUAUUGGACUGACGGAGAUGCUCCCCGGGCCGGUGCGCACUGCGGCGUGCACCGUCGCCGACACAAGCGUGAAGACCUGCAAGGGCCUCUUCUCGUUUUCGCGCAACGCUGCUUGGAUCUUUUUCACUACAUCUAUCAUUAUGUUCGCGCCGAUCGUCUUUGAGACUGAACGCGCCACUAUGGAGGAGCUGCACAAGUCGCAGCAGAAGCAGGUGCUCCUAGGGCCGAGCAGUGCAAUGGCUUCCACUCCAUCUGGGCCUACGCCCCAUCUGCCAUUGGUUCGUUAAGCCAUUAACAUUAGCUCUAUAACCAGCUAGAGUCCGUGUUUGGGACACGUUAUCUUAAGUUUGUCCAAUAUCAAUUAAUCCCAGUUGAAGGCAAAACGGAGGUCACGCCCCUCCAUACCACACCACACCACAACCACAGACAAAACAGACACACAGCAAGCGCCUUAAGCAUUUACGCUGCAUCCGCCAUAUCCCCGACACUGCAGAGUGGGAUGGAAUGGCGCCCAAAUUUGUCCACAAUAAAAACUCAUCUCCGGCAUUCUCUUCAAACA